AUGCCCUCGUUGGGGGCACCUGCUCUAUUUGGGUACCUCGAGGAAGAUGGGUGUGAUGGCCUCGCCAGUGCAAGACAUCAGAUACUCGACGGGCAAGAGCUCUUGAUAGGGAGGGACCACAAGAGCUGCAAUGUCAUUCUGACGGAUCCCACUGUCUCGAAUCAGCAUCUACAGAUAUAUACCAUCGCUUACAGCGAGGAUAAUCAUCAACGCAUCUUCGUCUACGCCAAAGAUCUCUCCACCAAUGGCACCUACUGGUGCUAUGAGCAUGGCAAUCACUGGAAGGAAUCUUUGAUUGGGAGAGGCAGUGCAGUCUUACUGAGCAACGGGGACAAAGUCCGCCUGUGUAAUGGUUCUUCCUUUGCCUUUCGAUCUCAGCUGUUUACGAAUUUGUUCAGGAUCACAGGUCAAAAAAUGGGAUCUGGAGCUUACGGAGAGGUCUGGAUGGCUGUCGACAUUGCGCGCAAUCGUCAAAUGGCUUGUAAGGUAAUUAAGCUGCACAAAUCACCUCAUCAGUGGCCAGGAAGGGUCAGCUUUUCCGAAUCCUGCUGGCGAGAAGUGGAGUUGCUCAAAGACAUAAGCCAUCCAAACAUCAUACACGUCGAGCGUGUCUUCUUCACUAAGACAAAUCUCUUUAUCAUUUCAGACCUUAUCACUGGAGGAGACCUUAUGUCUUACAUUGAAAGGCCUCAGACCAACAUGAACGAUGCAGAGGCUUGUAUCAUUACUUAUCAGAUGCUAAAGGCUCUUGAAUACCUCCAUCGACAAGGGAUCUGUCACAGAGAUCUUAAGCCUGAAAACAUUUUGAUGAGCAAGCCGGCGCGGGGGGCUAGGGUGAUUCUAGCAGACUUCGGGCAUUCAACCAAGUUGAGCGGCAGCAAGCAAGUUCGCAGAAGAAGAAUGAAAACCGCCUCCGUGGGUACAGACUAUUAUGUGGCUCCCGAGGUUCGUGGAAAGAACAAGAACACUGAAGGGUACACAAUGGCUACAGACAUGUGGUCCGUAGGCAUCAUAACUACACUACUACUCACUGGGGAGUCCGUCUUCGAAAAUUCCAAGAGUGACGCCUCAUCGGCGGCCGUUCUGGACGCUGCAGCAGAAUGCGAUCUAGCGAAAAUGGACUACAACUCACUUUGGCAGACUGUCAACGAUCUAGGGAAAGGUUUUGUCAAGAGUCUCCUAAUCUUGGAUGAAAAAGCGCGACUCGAAGUAGAACAAGCCUUGAAGCAUGGGUGGUUCACGAACGUAAAGCGUCAGAGAACCAUACAGCAAGAGUAUAAAGACGCGAUCCGAGGAUGGAUGCCGAGUAGACCCUUGCUGGACUAUAAAGAAGACCUGGCUUUGUUCAGAGAAGCUAGCCAACCUAAACUAGAUUCGAUCUUAAUGCCUCCGCCGGCCAAGCCAAAUUCGAAUAGAAAUCUACAACGAUCGUUGCAUCAAUCGGAAGAUGGGCAUCAGUCGAGUCCGUUUUUCUCGCGAGCAAUUCAGGAUGGUGCUAUGAAAAUCGUGGCUCAGGCUGGCAAGAAACGAGAAAUAGAGUCCGAGGACGAGACAAGUACGCCUUCAAUCUUUCCAAAGCCAGCCGUUCCAGCAAACAAGCGACCAAACAAGAACGGUAGAGAAAAGUAUAACGUCCGAUCCGAGACUAAGAAGCCAGCGAAGAGCUCUGCAAAGCAAGCUGUUGGAGGGGAACACGAGACCUUGUUUCAAUUCGAAUCCAGUCAGAGAAUACAACGACCGAGCUUAGAUCUAGACUACGAAGAGUAUAGAUUGCAUGACAAGACCGGUCGUAUUGAUCCAAUUAUCAGCCCUGGCACGGUCUCUAGCCAUGUUCACAAGAUUUCUGGCGCCUCAAACAUCGGACCGAGUUCCACCUAUGACUCUCUGCAGUCAUCCGGCUGCACAUCCUGUGAGAUCAAGAAGGACUUGUCCGCCUAUUGGACUCCACUCCUGUACUACGAGCACGCCAAUGGCUCUUUCGAAGAAGUCCCCAACGGAGGAAUGGCUGUUUACUACCUUGGCCGUGGCGACAACAAGACCAAUAUCCAACCCUUCCCUCCAGGCUUCCGAAUGCUUUCUGGCGACGCUGCCGCUCGUUCCUUCAACGAUACGCCGGUCAGCUCGGUUGAAGGUGCCGAACCAUACGGUAACCGCGUCAGCUUCAAUUGCUUGACAGACUCACCAAAUCCCCAAUCGCCACAAAUGAACAUGACUGACUGCGACAAUGGUCUCCGUGCUCAAAUACAGUUCCAGUCUUGCUGGGACGGCGUCAAUAAGUACUUGCCAGACAGCAGCCACGUAGCCUACAUGUCUACCAUCGACAAUGGCGCCUGCCCUCCAGGGUAUCCAGUUCAGCUUAUGCAUCUGUUCUAUGAGGUCCUGUACAGCGUUAGCGAGAUCGCACUUGAUGGUGGGAAGUUCGUCUUUGCACAGGGUGACCCUACUGGCUACGGAUUUCACGGCGACUUCCUGAAUGGCUGGGAUGUUGAUACUCUUCAAGCCGGUAUCGAGCAGUGCGCAGUCGCCAACGAGGCCGGUGUCGUCCAUGAAUGCCCAGUCUUCGCUGCCAUUGAUGACCAAAACUUCUCCACCGACUGCCCCGCCCGUCUACCUGAAAUUGACGAGCCCGUUCACGGCGUGAUCGACAAGCUACCCGGCUGCAUCACCAUAACGCCUGGCCCAGAGGAGGCUACGUUGGCUGACUUUGUCUGCCCAGCUAACGUUCCAGAACCAACACUCUUGAACGUAAGUUCUGGAUCUGGCCCAGCUGUUGGAUCGACUGUCGACGGGUGGACAUACAUGGGCUGCGCAAAUGAGCCUACUGGGGUGCGCGCUCUAGGUGACGCGACGUACACGAGCAACACCAUGACCAACGAAGCCUGCCAGAGCUUCUGCGCCGGCAAGGGUUCUCCGAUGGCCGGGACAGAGUAUGGAACGCAGUGUUACUGCGGUUCUGCUCUCGCUCCGGGGUCCAGUCUCAAUCAGACUUGCAGCAACAUGCCCUGCGGCGGUAGCGAUAUGGAGUACUGCGGAGGACCUGACCGUCUCUCUGUAUAUCAUAAGGCCUAG